CGUGCUCAGAGUUGCUUCCGGUUCUUUGAAAUCAAGUUAUACAGGAGUUAUUCUAGGUUCCAUUCCAUCUGCCCCUCAGUAGAUCUUAGUCAUUUUGGUGGAAGAUGCCACCUAAGAAAAGACGUGGUGGAGCUGUUAAUACUUCUGAUACUGCUGAAUCUAAUAGGGCAGUUUCUCUGCCACUUGGAGCGCUUCGACAAAGGCCAAGGAGCCAAAGGAUAGCUGAUAGGCGCGAAGGAGAGAACCCCGCAGUAAGAGAGGCUCAACCAGACUUAGCGGCUGAAUUAAGGGGAAUGAAUCAAACCCUUAAUGCGGUAUUACAGGUCCUAACAAAUCAAAAUAGGGGCAGAGCAGGAAUUCCUAGUAUGCCAAAUUCUCAGCCUCAUAGAGUUCAUCAAUUGUUUGGGGAUCAAGAGCCGCCAAUUGAAAAGUAUUUGAAGUUGAAUUCGUCCACUUUCAAUGGAGAUUCAUUAGAUGAAGAUCCACAACAAUAUCUAGAGGAUGCGAAGAAAGCAAUUCGAGCUCUCAGGUGCACCAAGGAAUGGGUUGUUGAGUUAGUAUCCUACAACUUACGUGGUUCAGCAAGGUAUUGGUAUGAGUCUCUUCUUGAGAGCAAAGAAGCAGCUGGACUUCCUCCUCCUUCUUGGGAAGAGUUCACUGAAGAGUUUCUUACUCGAUUUUAUCCAGCUAACAAGCAAGCAGAAGAUGCAAUUGCCUUUGAAAGAUUAAGGCAAGAGAAUAUGACAGUGACUGAGUAUACUAAGGAGUUUACUAGACUUUCUAAGAGUGCUCCAUACUUGGUAAAUUCAGAAGAGAUGAAAGUACGCCGGUUCGUUCGUGGGUUGGUAGAACCUAUGUUCACCACUCUUAUGCCUGAAGUCGGAUGCAUGUCUUUUAAGGAUGUCCUAAACUCUGCUUAUGGGAUUGAAGCUGGGAUAGCAGAGAGAAAUGCUUUUAAGGAUAUUGGUAAGAAGCCUAAGAUGAAGGAACAGUUUUCUGGUGGAGCUAGUUUAGGAGGAUUUCAGUCUCAUCAUGUCAGACUAAUCAGCAAGGUUAUUCGGGGUAUCGAGCUCGUCCUCAAGCAUCUUUUGGUGGGGUUGCUUCUUCUGGAUCUGCUCCCAUGA